CAAAAUAUUAAUAACCAAACACAUCUGAGAAAAAGAAAAAAAACUAAGCAUGAACAAGGGCUCGAAGACAAGUAGAGCGUUUCUACUAAAACAAAUGCAUUCGAUGGCCCAACCAGGCAGUGUGACUGCUAAUAUUACCACUUCCACCACUACCACCACCAACGCCAUGGCCACUGCUGCUGCUGAGAUGAGGGGACAGUACUCUCCUGCGUAUCCGCCGAGGUCUCCUCAGCUGAUAUCUGGGGAGGAGAUGAUUCACUUCAGCCACCCCCAGCACCCUCUCUCCUUGCUUAAUCUCCCGGACCGCUUCACCUGCGCCUCCUGCAAGGAGCGCGGCGCAGGCAACAGGUACUCUUGCCAGCAGUGCAAUUUUCAGCUGCAUGACUUCUGCGGUUCAGCUUACCCUUCCCUCAAGUCUCAUUACCUUCACUCUCAGCAUCAGCUCCUCCUCUUUUCCAAACCAGUGAAAGGUGGUGGGAUUGUGCAAUCCAAGUGCGAUGUGUGCAACAAGGCAAUCCAAGGGUCUGCAUACAGAUGCAACGCCUGCAGCUUCCAAAUGCACCCCUGCUGCGCCAACUUGCCCUUGGAAAUGCAGAAGUUCUGGGUUCACUCCCACACUCUCAGGCUUCUUCCACCCAAUUAUUAUGGCAACAACAACAAUAAUAAUAACGACACUAACAUGGUGUGCGGUGAGUGCAACCGGAAGAAGUCAGGCAGAGUGUACUAUUGCAGCGUCUGCGGCUACCAUCUCCACGCCGUUUGCGCCAAGACCUUCAUCAACGGCCUCCGCGAAAACGGCUACAGAAACGAUGACAAGUCUAACAACAAGCUCGGCACAGCCGCUCGAGUGGCUUCUCAGGUGGUCUUUGAUUUUUUUGGGGGUCUUAUAGAGGGCAUCGCUGAAGGUGUUGGCCAAGUCAUUGUUCAAGAUGUUGCCAAGGGCAGCUCUAAUACUACUUCUACUACUACUAGUGGUAGUAACGGUAGCAAUGGAAGAUCAUCUUGGAAUAAUUAUUAACCAGUAUUUCACCAAUAUCUUUAUUAUAAUUCAAUCAAUCCUUCUAUGGAUGCUGCUGUAUAAAUAUAUAUAUAUAUAUAUAAAUAUUUAUUAAUGAUUGGUUAAUUAAUCAGCUGUUCAUAUAUAUAUAUAUGCAUGGCUUUUUUCUCCAAGGACAAAAAAUUACUACAAUAUAUUAGUGGAGGAUGCCUGUAAAUGUAAUUUAUAAAUAUGAUGUAAAAUAUAUUAUAUAGUUUGGACUUUGUAAUUUUAUUCAUAUGUUUCGUAUAUGUAUAAAUGAUAUAUGUAUUUGGGAAGUAAUGUCUUUACUUUUAUUUAUUUCAUGUGUGUUGUGGUUCUAUAA